UAAAUACCAGGUCCUAGUCCAGGUCCCAGCACAGCCAGGGACCUGGAAACAGAGGGAUGAUGAGGACUUUGGUGACCAUGUUAGCAGGGCUCCUGCUCCUAUACCUCGCCCCAGGGGGGCUGUGCCAGGGCUGUGCCGUGGACAAGGAUGAAAGCCCCCUGGUGAGGGAUCUGCAGAAGAAGAUGAUCUAUUCAGUGAAUGCUAGUGCCCCCCCGAACCCCAGCAUCCUGCUUGCCCUGCGGCUGGCCCAGGACCACAACAGGCCCAUCGAGCAGGACAUGCUGAACAAACUGAGCCAGGACGCAGUACAGCGAGCUGUUGCGUCCUUCUCCUCGGGCCAGGUGGCCCUCCAUAUCCUGGCUCAACAGGCCUCCUGCUCCAACCCCCGGCGGGUCUCUGCAAACGGCUCCACCAUCAACCUGGUACGUCUCCUGGAGCAGAAGUUCCAGGCGGAAUUGCAGAACAUAGCGAGCCAUGGCAACCCCUUGACCAACUUCUACCAGCUCAGCUUGGAUGUGCUGGCCCUAUGCCAGCUGAACGGCAGCCUCUCACCAGCCAGAGCCAGUGCCCUCCUCCGCCCGGAUCACAAGAACUAUUACCUCAGCGGCCAGUUCUCCGUGGACACUGCAGCGGUGGCAGUCCUGGCUCAGAUCUGCCUGCAGACCAGGGGGCAGCCCCUCCCUCCGAAGGUGGAUAAGAAGAUCAGACAGAACAUGCAGUGGCUAGUGAACAAAAUCCUGAAAGAGAAGAGAAGAGAUGGAAUGAUCGGGAACAUCUACAGCACAGGGUUGGCCAUGCAGGCCUUAUCUGUCUCAUCCAGCUAUCUCAAACCCGGGGACUGGAGUUGCCUCCACACUCUGCACACUGUCCUGGACAAGAUUCCCCAGGGCACGUUCAAAAACCCCAUGGCUGCUUCCCAGAUCCUCCCUUCCCUGGAGAACAGGACCUACCUGGAUGUGAGUAAGCUCAACUGCUCCAUGGAUCCAGAUAACCUCCCCCUGUCCACCACCAGGCCCGCCCCACCCACUAGCCGCCCACCUAGCAUCAGAGUCACCUACACUGUUGCCGAUGGUGUGAACAACACAUUCAACGACUCUAUCAGUGUCACCGUGCCCCAGGGCUCCGUCCUUUUCAAGGUGAUGGAGGUCGCCCAGGAUAAAGACCCCAGCAAAUUCAGCUUCGAGUACACGCAGAGCUCCUGGGGCCCGUACAUCAUUUCUGUGCGGGGGCUGCAGGCUGAUAACAACCAGCGCACCUACUGGCAGCUCCUGAGCAACGGCAUCCCGCUGAGCCAAGGUGCUGGGGACUACGUCGUCUAUAAUGGCGAGAGGCUGGAGGUCAGAUUCUCCACUUACUGAGCUCCAGGGCACUGGCGAGCCUGGGGACAAGGGGUGUUCCAGAAGGUGAAACUUGUUCUGGCCUUUCUACUGUCCAGAGAUUUCAGGGUUCAGCAUCCCCCACCCAUUCCCCCCAGAGCAGGGGGUAGGAUGGGCCCCUGGGGACAACUGUGUCUUAUAUUCAUGUCUGUGUGACUGUUUCCCAAGCUCUGCCUGUGUCUGGCCCUCAGUCCUAAAAUAAACGCUCUGCAAGAGCUCGCCGUACCGUGAGGGUUAUUCCAGGCAAGGAGAGGGGCUGAGAAACUGGGAAUGUGGCUAAUGGGGCCUCUGAUGGGCACCCUCCAUCUGGAAACACAGCACAGCCGCAGGGCUGCCACUUCCCCCACCAUACAUAAGGGCUCACCCUGGAGCCCAUCCACUGCACUGGCCAAUGGGGUGCUGGGCUUACCAUGGAGUCACCAUCCCCUCUGGGGCCCUGGCCAAUGGGGCACUGAGUAGUCAGUCCCCAGGCCUGGACUCUCCCUUGCUGUGGCACUAGCUGUAGCAUCAUUAGUGGCCGGUCAUUAAGGCUUAUGGUGUAGCAGGGCAGGCUGGAGGGCACUGCUGGUGGAGAAUGGGAGGCUAAUGGUGUCAACAGCCCAGCUAAACCCUUCUUCCGCCUGGAUCCCCAGCAGCUGCACUUCCUGGGCUCCUUGCCUCACCCACUCUGGGUCCGAGCCCCCCAGCAGUGGCUGAUCCACAUGGGAGGGUGAUGAUUCUCCUAAAGCUGCCAGCCAGGGGACAUAGCCCUUUCGCCCUAGCAGUGGUGGCCUCAGCCUUUAGUGCUGAAGGUUCCAGAUUCAAACCCAAUCCAGACAGUAACAAGUGCCGAGGGCUGUUCUCCUCCUGGGUGAGGGUGUUAGAGAGGCCACCUCACCUGGCCCUUGGAAACUGCCCUGGGCCUGCAGGGAAAGGGGCUAGAGCUGUGGACUCAGGCUACAGGGGGCAGAAGCAGUAAACGCCACUGACUGUGAUAUUUACUGAGCCCCCACAGCAGAACCCAGAGGUGUCAGAGGCCUGGAUCAUGGACUGCAGUUAGAGGAGGCUCCACUCUGUGGGCCGUGUCUUUGGAGAUGGCUCUUCCCACAGGCAUGUGCCCUCCCACCUCCCCACUUCUGCCAUCACAACCCACUCGGAGAUUACUGCCUAGGGAGUUAGAAAAAAAUACAGGGAGAGGGCUAGGGAGAGUGAUGGGACUCAGAUCCAGUGAAAACUUUCUAGUUGAAAAGUUUUUUUUCAAUGAAAAACGGCUUUUCAUCCCCAACAAAAAUGUUUGUGUAGAUCAAAAAAAAAUCCAUUUUUAAUCUCAUUUUGUAAGGAAAAAACCC